AUGACACCAUCAGGUCCAGCCUCAUCCACGCCUUCUGUGACAUCUCCACCAUCAGGUCCAGCCUCAUCCACGCCUUCUGUGACAUCUCCACCAUCAGGUCCAGCCUCAUCCACGCCUUCUGUGACAUCUCCGCCCACUGUCCCCAACACACCGACAACCCCACAGAUCCCGGUCGAUUCUGCAUCAACAGAGGAGGAGCUGACCACUGGCAGUAAAUGGGCCAUUGGGAUCAUCGUGCCUUUGUGUAUAGUCGCACUUGUUUUGGUGGGAGUGUGGUCCUACAGAAGGUAAAUAUUGCACUUGUUUUGGUGGGAGUGUGGUCCUACAGAAUGUAAAUAUUGCCCAUGUGUUGGUGGGAGUGUGGUCCUACAGGAGGUAAAUAUUGCCCUUGUUUUGGUGGGAGUGUGGUCCUACAGGAGAUAAAUAUUGCUCUUGUUUUGGUGGGAGUGUGGUCCUACAGAAGGUAAAUAUUGCCCUUGUUUUGGUGGGAGUGUGGUCCUACAGAAGGUAAAUAUUGCCCUUGUUUUGGUGGGAAUGUGGUCCUACAGGAGGUAAAUAUUGCCCUUGUUUUGGUGGGAAUGUGGUCCUACAGAAGGUAAAUAUUGCCCUUGUUUUGGUGGGAGUGUGGUCCUACAGAAGGUAAAUAUUGCCCUUGUUUUGGUGGGAGUGUGGUCCUACAGGAGGUAAAUAUUGCCCUUGUUUUGGUGGGAGUGUGGUCCUACAGAAGGUAAAUAUUGCCCUUGUUUUGGUGGGAGUGUGGUCCUACAGAAGGUAAAUAUUGCCCUUGUUUUGGUGGGAGUGUGGUCCUACAGGAGGUAAAUAUUGCCCUUGUUUUGGUGGGAGUGUGGUCCUACAGGAGGUAAAUAUUGCCCUUGUUUUGGUGGGAGUGUGGUCCUACAGGAGGUAAAUAUUGCCCUUGUUUUGGUGGGAGUGUGGUCCUACAGAAGGUAAAUAUUGCCCUUGUUUUGGUGGGAGUGUGGUCCUACAGGAGAUAAAUAUUGCCCUUGUUUUGGUGGGAGUGUGGUCCUACAGAAGGUAAAUAUUGCCCUUGUUUUGAUGGGAGUGUGGUCCUACAGAAGGUAAAUAUUGCCCUUGUUUUGGUGGGAGUGUGGUCCUACAGGAGGUAAAUAUUGCCCUUGUUUUGGUGGGAGUGUGGUCCUACAGGAGAUAAAUAUUACCCUUGUUUUGGUGGGAGUGUGGUCCUACAGGAGAUAAAUAUUACCCUUGUUUUGGUGGGAAUGUGGUCCUACAGGAGGUAAAUCUUGCUCUUGUUUUGGUGGGAGUGUGGUCCUACAGGAGAUAAAUAUUACCCUUGUUUUGGUGGGAAUGUGGUCCAAAACUCUUCCUAAAUAAUUCGUUGACUCUCUUUCUCUCCACCAAAUUUCUUCCUAAAUAAUUCGUUGACUCUCUUUCUCUCCACCAAAUUUCUUCCUAAAUAAUUCGUUGACUCUCUUUCUCUCCACCAAAUUUCUUCCUAAAUAAUUCGUUGACUCUCUUUCUCUCCACCAAAUUUCUUCCUAAAUAAUUCGUUGACUCUCUUUCUCUCCACCAAAUUUCUUCCUAAAUAAUUCGUUGACUCUCUUUCUCUCCACCAAAUUUCUUCCUAAAUAAUUCGUUGACUCUCUUUCUCUCCACCAAAUUUCUUCCUAAAUAAUUCGUUGACUCUCUUUCUCUCCACCAAAUUUCUUCCGAAAUAAUUCGUUGACUCUCUUUCUAUUCACCAAAUUUCUCCCUAAAUAAUUCGUUGACUCUCUUUCCCUUCCCCAAAACUCUUCCAGGUACCACUGCAGUCGGGGUAGCUUCAAGACGUUCUUCAACCAAAAGAUUCGCUAUCGGGCAUACACCAACGCUGGCUACAAGGACGACGAGGUACAAGGAACGCAGAUGAGACGAUUUCAAUAACACACACAAAAUAAUCCAAUUUUUUCCACGCUCCUGCUAAACGCUUCGCCCCCCCCCCCUAAAUUCUGCAUAUUUCUGCAUAGCUUCAUCAGGACAGCGCCAGUGCCUUGCCUUUCGCUGAACAUUUGCUACUUUUUAUUGUAAACUUGGAAAUUGGGGGUGAUAUACUUCAAACUGAUGACUUGGAGUAUCACUACGCAUCGCCUUGUGAUCAAUUUAAUAUGAACAACUUUACUUAAAAUCCAUUUUUUGAAUUGAGGGCAGGUCCGCUCGAUUCAAAACAUGUUCUUAUAAUCAUAAUCUAAUUUCAAGUUCAUAGACAUAUAAGCCAAUGUCUAGAGUGAUCAGAUAACGAUCCAAAGAUACACGCCCCCCCCCCCACUCCCAACCCAGUAUUAUAUAGCUUUAAAAAGUUAACAUAUAUUUUUUAAAAUACUUUUUGUGUAGGCUAAUCUAUACGAUGAAUUCUAUUGACUGUGUAACAUUUGCUACUUUUUAUUGUAAACUUGGAAAUUGGGGGUGAAAUACUUAAAACUGAUGUCUUGCAGUAUCACUAAGCAUCGCCUUGUGAUCAAUUUAAUAUAAACAACUUUACUUAAAAUCCAUUUUUUGAAUUUAGGACAGGUCCGUUCGAUUCAAAACAUGUUCUUAUAAUUAUAAUCUAAUUUCAAGUUCAUAGACAUAUAAUCCAAUGUCUAGAGUGAUCAGAUAACGAUCCAAAAAUAAACGCCCCCCCCCCCACUCCCAACCCAGUAUUAUAUAGCUUUAAAAAGUUAACAUAUAUUUUUUAAAAUACUUUUUGUGUAGGCUAAUCUAUACGAUGAAUUCUAUUGACUGUGUUACCUACAGAGCAGUUUACCAAAAAUGCUAAAUUUGUUUUGAAGUGAUUUUACA